AUGACAAAAGUUACGCCUAUCUAUGCCCACGAGGGCCACAUCAUCACUCAGGAUGACGGCCUGCUCUUGUGGUACGGCACAGGGCAGAAGCAUCUUGAGGGCGACGACUGGCUGUCGGACUCGAUACGGCUGUACACCAGCCGCGAUUUCAGCAAUUGGCGCAGCAAGGGGCGCGUGUUCCUCACCAGCAGCAUCCCGCAGCUACCGGCGCCGCCACCAUACAGGAUCGGCAGCGUCAACGCGCUGUACAACGCCGUGCGCCGCCAGUACGUCCUAAUCUUCUCGGUGAGCUCCCUGGACAGAAGCUUCUCGGCCAUCGGGUUCGCGACCUCUGUCGCGCCCUCGGGGCCGUUCAAGUGGGAGCGCGCGUCGGUGUCCGAUGGGGCGCCCACCUCGGAUGUCGCCGUGGCGUGGGACGAGGACGGCGGCGGCGCGAGCGCGUACCUGGUGCGCAGCACGGGUGCCAACGGCACCACCAUCAGCCGCCUCAGGGAUGACUUCCUGGGCACCACCGGCGCCUGCGGCUACGCGCCCCCGACCGGCGCGCCAGCGCUGUUCAAGAGCGGCGGGCGGUGGUACCUUUUUGGGUCUCGCCACAAAGGCUGGCAGCCCGGGGCGCCGCAGCUUUUUGCGUCAGACAGCGGCGACCUCUGCGGCGCCACGUGGUCAAAGCUGCCGCGGCCGGCCGACGGGCGUGGCGCAGACACCACGUUUGACAGCCAGCCGGCGUUUGUCCACACGUUCCGGUGGCAGGGCGGCGGGGAGCUGCAGAUCUACGCGGGGGACAGGUGGAACGCCGAGGGCGAGGGCGGCGUCGGCAACGCGUCGUACGUGUUCCUGCCACUGCUGCCGGCCGGGGACGGCGGCGACCCGCCCGGCUUCGAGCUCCAGUGGCUCGAGCGGUGGCGGCUCGGCGACUACAAGCCCAUCACGCCCUCAUAG